GAGAGGGCAGGGGAAGGGAGAGGAGUUGAAGGUUCCGGGCAAAGUUCUCCAACAUGCCUGUGCGCUGUCGCGGGACAUAACAAAUAUGUCUUCGUCGCUCGGUAAGGACACCUUCCUCCUGCCCCGAGUGGGGAGAAGGAGAAACAAUGGAGAGCGGGCGCCUUUGAGUGUUCCUGGCCGGUUCUGACUGAAAAUUGUCACGUUGCUCCUGUUUUGGUUUCUUUCGGGCGGUAGCAGCAGCAGCAGCAGCGGCCGUCUGGCUCUUCCUCCUUAGGGGUGGAGGAGGUACCGGGCGUCCCUCCUUCUCCGACCACGUCAUGGGGUCCUCUCCUUUGCGGGAGCAACUGCUCCUUCUCCCACAGACAUAUACAUGUGCUGGGUGCGCGACCAGGCCAGGUGUAAACAUCUGACCUGCCUGCCUUCAUAGCAGCGUCUCACACCGCCGGGACUGGAACAGGCUGGCCCUUCGCCGACGCGCUCUCAAAGAAAAGCUUCUCCUUCAUCCUUGCAUAGAAAUAGCUGCAUAAUUAACCAGAAAUGUGACUAGAGCAGCAUUGAUACAAAAAUGGGAAAUAACUAUUCAGAUGUAACCAAUCAGAUUACAUAGUGACUACAAAGUAUCCUACAAUCCAUCACAAAGAAAACAGGAUACGGAGGAAUACAAAAGAAUGAAGAAACAUAAGUGCUCUUAUAAUUAUCCAACACGCCGGAAUCUCUUGAUCCUAUUUUUAACAGUGUGGCUGCUCUUGCUUCUGAAACUUCUCAAAGUUGAGCAACUGUUUUUUCCUCACAAAGAUAUUUACUUAGUAGAACCCUUGUUAAGCACAUCACCAUUUGUGAAAAACAGGUAUACUUUUUCCAGAAAAGAUACCCAGUAUGAUAUUAACUGUUCCUUCAUAUACAACCAGGAACCUGUGGAGAUUGGAAAGUCUUUAGAGAUAAAGAAAAAAUCUAUUAUUGAUUUAGAUGAUGAAGAUGUUGUAACAAUGACUAGUGACUGUCAGGUAUACCGUGCAAUUAGAAGAUAUCACCUAAAACCUCUUUCUGUGAAAGAGGAAAAAUUUCCAAUAGCUUAUUCUCUGGUUGUUCACAAAGAUGCCAUAAUGGUUGAGAGGCUGAUCCAUACGAUAUACAGCCAUCAAAAUGUUUACUGUAUCCAUUAUGACAAAAAGUCAUCUAGCACUUUCAAGAAUGCUUUGGAUAAUCUAGCCAAAUGUUUCCCCAAUAUUUUCAUUGCAUCCAAAUUGGAAGUGGUGGAAUAUGCCUCUAUUUCAAGGCUCCAAGCAGAUUUGAAUUGCUUAAAUGAUUUGCUUAAGUCCUCCAUUCCAUGGAAGUAUGUAAUCAAUUUAUGCGGCCAAGAUUUUCCUCUGAGAUCAAACUUCGAGCUGGUAUCUGAACUUAAGAAAUUAAAUGGAGGAAACAUGCUGGAGACUGUCAAACCAAGCAGCAGUAAAAAGGAAAGAUUUACCUAUCACUAUGAACUUCAGAAAAGUCCUUAUGAAUACAUGAAGAUGCCUGUGAAGACUAAUGUCUCUAAGGACCGGCCACCCCACAAUAUUGAAGUUUUUGUAGGCAGUGCCUAUUUUGUGUUAUGUCGAGCGUUUGUAGAAUAUGUCCUCGAAAGUUCCAUUGCUCAAGAUUUUUUUGAAUGGUCAAAGGACACUUACUCACCUGAUGAACAUUUCUGGGCAACCCUUGUUCGUGUUCCUGGAACACCUGGACAAGUUUCAAGGACAGCUCAGGAUAUCACAGAUCUUCAGAGCAAAACUCGUUUAGUAAAAUGGAACUACCUUGAGGACCAUCUCUAUCCUCCCUGUACUGGUACUCAUCUCCGCAGUGUGUGCAUCUAUGGAGCUGCAGAACUGAAAUGGCUUAUCAGCUAUGGACACUGGUUUGCCAAUAAAGUUGACUCAAAAGUGGAUCCAGUUUUAAUAAAAUGUUUGGCAGAAAAACUUGCAGAUCAGCAGAAGGAAUGGGUUGGCUUAUCUUCUGAAAAACUUUUUAUGCAUAGGACGCUUACAGAUGUCUCAUAACAAUAUAGCAUUGAAGGCAUAUAACAACAACAAUAUUUGACUUUUGCAACUUUUAAAAUAUUAAAUUGCUGGAUUGAGCCAUAUCACUCAUCAGAUGCAACUCUCUUUAUGUGCAAUUAAAGAAUAGGUGUAUUAGGUGAGCAGCUGUCCCUGGAGCAUCCUUGGAGCAGAGGUGGGACAUUGAAAGUGAGAUGCACCCGGCAGUGCUUAAAAGACCAAAGAACCUGAUUCUUGCUGGCUUAAUCCAGUGGUUCUCAAUAUUUUUGAACUUGGCAUCCCCUUACACAUUUACUUUACCUUCUGUCACCAGCAUCCCAAAACCCUAGACCAACACAGAGUAUUCUUGUAUGUUAUCACGUGCAUACAAACUGCAUGCAAGGACCUAUAGACAGAGGGUACUAAUCCAUUAACAUUAGAAGAAAAAAAGAAGAGGACAGCUCUGACUCCCCUCCCACCAAAAAAAUAAGCAGGGAAACAUGGUUGAAACAAAGCAACAGUUAUUCCCAAACCAGUUUAUGAUGAUGAAGCAGCACAGAAUAAUAAAACCCACAAAUUGAAUGAAGCUCAGUCCUCCACUAGGGGUAUUCAACCUACUCAGGUCUUGGCUGGUGUUGGUCAGAAUGAGCUUUAUGUCUCUUCAUUUCAUCCCCUCCAGGAGGCGCCCACUGUAUAGUUUGAGAACCACUGGUUUAACCCACAUAAAGGACUAGGUCAGAUUCUACUCAUGAUUAUGCCUAUACUCUCCAUGCUUACAAUAGUACUUUAUCUUGAACUUUGUAUAGUCAUUACAUUGCACUUUGUACAGCCAUUUGAUUAUUCCUAUGCAAAGUGAUUGUAAAAUGUUACCAAAUCCACUCGGUGCUGUUAAAGCUGAAUGCAUCUGGAGGCCAAGAGUGCACAAUCAAGGAUCAUGUUAAUUAAAGUUACAUGCCAUGCCUUUGA